AUGCGUGCCAAUGUGUGUGCACUGCAGGUAAGUGAUUGUGAGGUGGGUGAGUGCAAGAAUCUCUAUUCUAUUUUGUAGUAAUAGCUGGAUAAUAAGAAUAUUUUUAAUUUCAAACUUCCAUUUGUUUCAAGGCACAGAGUAUGAUGUAAUUAUUCUGUAUGGCACAGAGUAUGAUGUAAUUAUUCUGUAUGGCACGGAGCAGGAUGUAAUUAUUCUGUAUGGCACGGAGUAUGAUGUAAUUAUUCUGUAUGGCACGGAGCUGGAUGUAAUUAUUCUGUAUGGCACGGAGCAGGAUGUAAUUAUUCUGUAUGGCACGGAGCAGGAUGUAAUUAUUCUGUAUGGCACGGAGUAUGAUGUAAUUAUUCUGUAUGGCACGGAGUAUGAUGUAAUUAUUCUGUAUGGCACGGAGUAUGAUGUAAUUAUUCUGUAUGGCACGGAGUAUGAUGUAAUUAUUCUGUAUGGCACGGAGCAGGAUGUAAUUAUUCUGUAUGGCACGGAGCAGGAUGUAAUUAUUCUGUAUGGCACGGAGCAGGAUGUAAUUAUUCUGUAUGGCACAGAGCAGGAUGUAAUUAUUCUGUAUGGCACGGAGUAUGAUGUAAUUAUUCUGUAUGGCAUGGAGUAUGAUGUAAUUAUUCUGUAUGGCACAGAGUAUGAUGUAAUUAUUCUGUAUGGCACGGAGUAGAAUGGCUUUAAGUUGGAUGCAUGCCAGUAACAUGUGCUUGCUCCCCUUCUUGCAGUGCAGGGUGUGGACGCACCGGGGUGAUCUGUACAGUUGAAUAUAUCCAGAGUCUUCUGCAACAACAGGUAGGUGAAGAUUAAGUUCUGGUAAAGCAUUUGGCGUUGCUUCAUUACUGGAGGGAGGCUCUCCUGCUCAUCUUUGCGUUCUGAUCCAUACUAACAAGUACUCUUCUGUAUUUGGUCAGAACCCGAGGGACUUGCUCUGUUUGCCAUGGUUGGCUACAAGAUUUUCAGGUGAGAGGCAGUGAUCUAACAGAGGGAUAGAAAGAGACAUAUUACCAAACUAUAGUGUCCGGGCUAGCGUAAAGCAGGAAUUCGGAAAUAGUAGGAUUAGAAUAAGAGAAGGCUACAGACAAGGAGAGGAGCACAGAGGAACGUAAACAGGCCUGGUUAAGUAGACAAGGGCAGGAGAGCAGAAGUGAAGUCAAGGCAAGCCGGGUCAAAAUAACAGACUCAGUGAACAUGUACAAAAUAGAACGAAGUACUCGGGAACAAGAAAGGCCCAGAGCUGCACUUUAAAUAGUGAUUGAAUAAGACGUAACUGUAGCCGGCCUACUGACCACUCGCCUGGUUGUCCUUGUUCAGUCACGUCUUGUUCCUGGAAGGGAAUCAGUUAUAGUACGGAGAGACCCAUUUCCCACUCUGUUAUAACGACAAUGUCCCCUCCCAGGGGUCUUCAGUCCCUUUGUACCCUGUUCCCGCCACCCAUCCUCAGGGUUUCCCACAUCCGGUGGGUCUUCAUCUCAUGAGCCUCUGUACCUGGGAGUCCCAGCCACAGAAAGCCUGCCAACCUGCCAUUGUCCCCAAGAGAGUGUCCCCACCAACUUCAGGUACGCCCAGAACGGUAACCGCCACAGGGUCCCUGGGUGCCUCCUUUCAGGACAUGAAUGCUCCCCCUGGCUGCCGCUCGUGUAUGCGAACGGUGGCCGCCCACUUAUUAAUUCCCUUGCGGUUUCACACUUAUGUUGUUGCCAACAUUCUAAUUGAUUGGUGUGAACAUUCCAAGGUGCAAUGAGGAGGUCCUUGUUCAGGAACCAAUCCAUGAAUGCUCACCCGAGAUGGCAUUUGUCUAACAAACGGGCCGCCACCCAGGCUUUCCUUGCGGUUUGUGGUUUUGACACCUCGUUACAAGGUGUGAACAUUCUAAGACAACAUUCUAAAUGAGGUUGCUUGGUGGUCCCCAUUCGGGAGGUGAACGGAACCCGUUUGCAUUGAGCUCUCCCUAACUGGGAGCAGGUAAAACACAAGAAUACAACACAAUACAGGGGAAAACACAGAGAAUAUCUCCUAGCAAUUCACAAACAGGCAACGGUCCUGCCACGGUAACCAGGAAACAUUCUGGAAUCCUCCCAGGAGAGCAAGUUUCAUAGUCGCGCUGCAUUGCAUGAAACCUAUUGUAAAACAGUUUUAGUGAGAGUGCAUAUACCUGCUGUGCAAGAGUCCAAGACCCUCUGGUUCCUAUAUCUUCCAGUGGAACUGUAGACUGGUUGAGUGUGCAGAGGCAGAAACUGUAAGGGUGGGGAAAGCUCCUUGCCAUUAUUGCCCUAUGGCCAAUGCUAUCCUGCAUCUUUGCACCGCCAAACUUAUUGCUCUGUAUAAACUCGGGCUCCCCGGGGGCAUUUCCCUGUAUAAGCUGUAUUGGCUCACUGGCGGGGCCAUUGCUCAGUAUUGGCUUACCCUGUGUGUUUUUCAGAGGGUUCCAAGUGAUUUCAGUAUUUAUUCUGUUGUGAUGGAAAUAAGACGUCAGAGGCCAUCAGCCGUGCAGACUAAGGUAAUAAAAUUUCUGUAACUGCAACGUGUGUGUGUGUGUGUGUGUACCCCUCCGUUAUGACCAGUGUACGUGGUUCGAGUCUCUCACUAUAAUUCUCUCACAGGAACAGUAUGACUUUCUGUAUCACGCCAUCACUGAAAUGUUUGAAAAGCGGCUGAACGUGAAUCCGAAUUAUGAGAAUCUGACCUCGGUGAGCUCCGCGAACAGAACUGUCACAAUGGGCUCUGAUAAAAGUGGCACUAAUAAAGAAAAGGGUUAA